AUUUAACUAGUAAAGUUUUACAAAAACUUUCAUAAUGGGUAAAGAGAAGAUUCAUAUUAACAUUGUCGUCAUUGGACAUGUCGAUUCUGGAAAGUCUACCACCACUGGUCAUUUGAUCUACAAAUGCGGUGGUAUUGACAAACGUACCAUUGAAAAAUUCGAGAAGGAAGCCCAGGAAAUGGGCAAAGGUUCCUUCAAAUAUGCCUGGGUAUUGGAUAAACUGAAAGCUGAACGUGAACGUGGUAUCACUAUUGAUAUUGCUCUGUGGAAAUUCGAAACUUCAAAGUACUAUGUUACUAUUAUUGAUGCUCCUGGACAUAGAGAUUUCAUCAAGAACAUGAUUACCGGUACUUCUCAAGCUGACUGUGCCGUAUUGAUCGUUGCUGCUGGUACUGGCGAAUUUGAAGCUGGUAUUUCAAAGAAUGGACAAACCCGUGAGCAUGCUCUGCUCGCUUUUACCCUUGGUGUGAAACAACUGAUCGUUGGUGUUAAUAAGAUGGACUCCACUGAGCCACCAUACUCUGAAACCCGAUUCGAGGAAAUUAAGAAAGAAGUAUCAUCUUACAUUAAGAAGAUUGGAUACAAUCCUGUUGCAGUAGCAUUUGUGCCAAUUUCUGGCUGGCACGGGGACAAUAUGUUGGAGGUUUCUUCAAAGAUGCCUUGGUUCAAGGGAUGGACUGUCGAACGCAAGGAAGGCAAAGUCGAGGGAAAAUGCCUCAUUGAAGCUCUCGAUGCCAUUCUUCCGCCUACUAGGCCUACGGACAAGGCUCUUCGUCUUCCCCUUCAGGAUGUAUACAAAAUUGGUGGUAUCGGAACAGUACCGGUAGGUCGAGUUGAAACUGGUGUGUUGAAACCAGGUAUGGUUGUCACAUUCGCUCCUGCUGGUUUGACCACUGAAGUUAAGUCUGUUGAAAUGCAUCACGAAGCUUUGCAAGAGGCUGUUCCUGGUGAUAAUGUCGGUUUUAACGUGAAGAACGUGUCUGUCAAGGAAUUGCGUCGUGGUUAUGUUGCUGGUGACUCGAAGAACAAUCCUCCUAAAGGAGCUGCUGAUUUUACUGCACAGGUUAUUGUGUUGAACCAUCCUGGUCAAAUCAGCAAUGGAUACACACCAGUGUUGGAUUGUCACACUGCACAUAUUGCGUGUAAAUUCGCUGAUAUCAAAGAAAAGUGUGACCGUCGUAACGGAAAGACCACCGAAGAAAAUCCUAAAGCUAUCAAGUCCGGAGAUGCUGCCAUUGUUAUGCUUGUACCAAGCAAGCCUAUGUGCGUUGAGGCUUUCCAAGAAUUCCCGCCUCUGGGGCGUUUUGCUGUUCGUGACAUGCGUCAAACGGUAGCCGUCGGUGUUAUCAAAGCUGUCACUUUCAAAGACGCUACUGGCAAAGUCACCAAGGCUGCCGAGAAGGCCCAGAAAAAGAAAUAACUAGUUUCCGUACAUGUGUAUCACCAGAUGGGUAUGGGCGUAUAGUAGCUAAUAUAGUUUACCUCCUUUCUUCACGUUCCUCGCACGAGAACAACGUUACGUUGUUGCCAUUGGAGACUGCAAUAUUUUCUACGAAAUCGCGACCGAUAAUUAAAGAUAAUAGAGUCGAUAAAGAAUCGCGACGACUAGCAUUUUUUAUGCAUGUAAUUGCAUACUCGCCACAUUUUUUUGAUAUUCGUAUAUUCCAUUUAUCAAAAUGGUUACUUCGUCACUUUUCUCAUCGCAAAGAAUUUCGUAGGAAAGGCAAGCCAACAAUGGUUUGCAAGCAGAUGUUUUUCUUCGCCUGUGAGUUCCAUGAGAAAAGAAAGUAAACUAUGUAAAGUUACUUAUUACCUAGUCAGGUAAUUGGAAAGUGAUGGCAAAUAGGUCACAUUUUCCAAUCAAAUUUGUAUUGAAAUUGUUAAACUAGGUAGUUUUACAAUUACGAUUUGCUUCCGAAUUUGUAAAAUUCCAUUGGGGAGACUUUUAGAAAUUUUUAAAGCUUUAAGCGAGUCAUUGCAUCGCGGUGCAUCGAUACAAAGUAAUCGAACAAACAGUGAAUAAAAUGAAAAUGAUAAUUUUAUUACGAAUUUGGCUGGGUAAUGAAAUCUGUUUUUCUAUUACUUUCCAAUUGCCUGGCUAUAGGUAAGGAAUUGAACUACGAAAAUAUAUAUACACAAAACACUUUUCUAAUGAUAUAUGUCUUUACAAAGAUUUCCCUUAUCUUUUUACACGUCCUCUAUAUUAAAAAGAAGUAUGUGCGGAAAUAUAUGAUUGUUCUACAACGGUACAGCAGUUUUAGCCAUGAUUUUCCGAUUGAAAUUGGUUUAACAACGGUUUUGUGUACAUACCUAUAAAUAACAAUGAUAAGAAAAAUAAAGGAGAUACGGAAAC